AUGGAAAGCAGGUUCGCCAACUUCUCCUCUCUGUUGAAACUGAAGAGGGCCAUGGCUGUGAGCAUGAAGUAUGCCAGGAAAUUGAAGAACAAGGAUCCUGACACUUGUCCUCCAGUCACUACUGAUGACCUGAAGCAGGCAGAGGAUCAGAUAAUAAGGUUAGUCCAAGGUAAGGCGUAUCCUGAAGAGCUAGCAUCCCUGAGCAAAGGGACUAGAUCUGCUGUCAAAGCUGGCAGCAAAAUUGCGCCAUUGGAUCCCUUCCUGGAUGAUAAGGGGAUUAUUAGAGUUGGUGGUCGCCUGAGUCGAUCAUCCAUGUCAUAUGAAGUCAAGCAUCCAGUAUUGAUUCCGCGUACUUGUCACUUAGCUAGCUUGAUAGUUAAACGUUUCCACCAGAAGGUUGGUCAUUCCGGUAGAGGAAUGACGUUAAACAGUAUCAGACAGGCUGGGUUUUGGAUUGUAAAUGCCCGGUCGAUAGUUGCUAAGUUCAUCAUGGGCUGUGUGUGUUGUAGAAAGCUUCGGGGAAACCCCUGUGUUCAAAAAAUGUCUGACCUGCCUACCGACCGCUUGGAGCCAGCCGCCCCCUUCAGCUAUGCUGCCGUUGAUCUAUUUGGCCCUUUCACUGUCAAGUCCGGUCGUAGCGAACCCAAGCGUUGGGGUGUUAUGUUCACGUGUCUGGCCAGUCGUGCGAUUCAUAUCGAGACCGCAAAUCAAUUGACCACAGAUUCAUUUCUCAAUGCGUACCGCCGAUGUGUGAGUAGACGUGGCAAAAUCCGAUUUUUGCGAUGCGAUCGUGGUUCGAACUUCGUAGGUGGACAGAAUCAAUUGUUAGCAGCGUUGCAGGAAAUGGAUCGCGAUAAGAUCAAGCAUGAGUUGCUGAAAGACGAUUGUGACUGGGUUGAUUUCGAAAUGAACUUUCCUGUGAGCAGUCACAUGGGCGGUGUAUGGGAACGAAUGAUUGGCGCAGCGCGUAAGGUGUUGUCUGCUCUGCUCAUGGGCACAGGAGCUCAGCUUGAUGACGAGUUGUUACGUACAUUACUCUGCGAGGUUGAGUACAUAGUUAACUCGCGCCCGUUAACAGUUGUAGAUUCCACUUCUGCGGACCUAGAGCCCCUGUCACCAAUUCAGCUGCUUACCCUGAAAUCUCAGGUGGUGAAGCCACCACCGGGCAAGUUCGUUAAACAGGACAUAUACUCUAAGAAAAGGUGGCGUUGUGUACAGGCUCUUGCUAACCAAUUUUGGGAGCGUUGGCGUGGCGAAUUUUUGGUAAUGCUGCAGCCUAGGAAGAAAUGGCUCAGCCAGCAGAGAAAUCUUGAGCCUGGUGAUGUUGUAAUGCUCGUAGAAGAGGGCCAGCCUAGAUGCGCAUGGCCUCUGGCUCGUGUUACAAAGGUGUGUCCUAGUCAGGACAAGUUGGUCAGAAAGGUUGAAAUUUUUGUUGGGAAAACCAAAUCCCUGUUGGAUAGACCAGUACAUAAGUUGAUCCUCCUGGUGAAGAACCGGGACAAUCCUGUUGAGGAGAGUGAAACUCUGGAGUAG